AUGGUUAACACAAAACGUUUACGAAGCGAAAGUUUUUAUAAUUUUCAUGAAAAUAAUGAUCGAAAACGAUUCCUAUCAUCAACAACAAACGAUGGUUUUACACGAUUUGAAAAUCUUGCAAAUGAACUUAUUUAUGACAUAUUUGAUUAUCUUGAUUUU